AUGGUGUACGACAAGUCUUGUCAUUUACCAGUGGAGAUGGAAUAUAAAGCAUACUGGGCCUUGAAAUUUUUUAACUUUGAUGAAGCUGCAUCUAGAGAACAAAGGAGGUUGCAGCUCUUGAAGUUGGAAGAGAUGAGAUUGACCGCUUAUGAAUCUUCAAAGUUGUAUAAAGAAAAGGUUAAAAAGUAUCAUGACAAAAAGUUGCUCAAGAACGACUUUCAGCCAAGACAACAGGUGUUAUUUUUCAACUUAAGACUUAAAUUGUUCCCUGGAAAGCUUAAAUCAAAGUGGUCUGAACCAUUUACCAUCAAGAAAGUUCAACCAUAUGGAGCAGUGGAGCUUUGUGAUCCUCAAUCUAAAGAUCCUGACAGGACAUGGGUAGCGAACGGACAGAGGUUGAAGCAAUAUCAUGGUGGAGCUAUGGAAAGAUUGAACACUGCUCUAUGCUUGGAUCCUGGAUAA